GUUGAUUCGGGCGCCUAAGACCGUGGCGGAGGAGGGCACGCCUCGUUCCUGCACUUCCCUCCGUCCACCGUCCCCCUCGCAUACACGCCGCCCUCGGGCCCUUUCUUGCAUACCCCGUCGCAGGGCUCGUCUAGGUUUGCAACGUCGACGCGCAACCCUUCCAUGGCUACCCUUGCCCGCAACCCGCUGUCCAUGCGACCUCACUCCCAGCACCAUUCAGUCGCCCUCUCGCAUCAGGCGGCCGCCAUGUCCCGGAAGGCGUCUACGAGCAGCAAGAGGGCAAGAUCCCCGGACCCAAACAAGGAUGACGAGUCAUCGCAGAGCAUGAAGCGGUUGAAGGCCGUGGCCGCGCCUCAACCUCCCGCACCGCCCACCCGUGAAGAUCCCCGCGAAGAAGCAAGGAAAGAGAAGGAACGAAAGCGCAUCGAACGCGAAGAGGAGUUUAGGAUUAAGUACACGCGUGCUUUUCCGAACUGGACGUUCCAUUUCGACUUGGAUACUUUGAGUCCCGAUGUGGCGGCUCUCAAGGAUAACCUGGAACGGCGACUGAGGCACAUGGGUGCGGCGGUCGAGGACUUCUUCUCCAAAGACAUCACUCACCUCAUCACCUUCGAUGCUGAGGGCUCCGAGAAGGAGAACUCCAAUCAGCCCUCGACAUCUGCAACAACCAGUCUACUUCUCAGUCCGAUCAAGCUGAAAGGGCGAGCGACAGGUGACGCGCCCACGACCGCCUCUGAGCGCAUCGCGAAGAAGGCCCUCGCCUUUGGGAUCAAAGUCUGGUCCCCAACCAAGCUCGAGAGUGUCCUCGACAGAUGUCACGCGCCGGCAGCAUACAGCACACGGGCACCGUCUACAAGGAGCCAGGCCGCGAGCAGCCGCCCACUGACGCGCUUGUUGGAAGAGGAACGCACGUAUGGAACGACGAGCGAACGCGACCCGACGCAGAAACGUCAUGGCUUCACAUACUUCUCGAAAGGAACAUACUUCGUGCUUGUCGAGGACAUGCGGCAAGAGCUUGCGACGAUUGCAGCCGCGGAGUACCCCAUCAAAAGAGGUAGGGAUGGCCAGGAAAGACCAUCCUGGCCGGUGCUGUAUUGCCAUCCCCUCGCGCGUGGGCCUUUCGUGCCAUACGACGAGAGGGAAGAACGAAGACGGGAGCGCGCGGACCGGAUGGACAAGGAGAAGGAGCAAGAGCGCGCGCGGCGAAAGGCAAGGCUAAGGGAGGAGGAACGCAGGCGGCAAGCCCAGGCGAUGGCGAAGCAGCACGACCUCCGCCGCACCGCGUCCAUGCACAACCUCCACCGGCGCGCAAGUCUAGGCGACGCCGGCUGGGCCGUGGACGGCCUCGGCGACUUCGACGCGGAGUUCGGCGAUGGGGACAUGCAGUCCGCGAACGCGUCGGGCUACCUGGCGAGCGGGGCGUACAUGGCGGCGUCCGGGAACAGCGUCGGCGUAACGUCGACGACUGGGACGACGUCUGCGGCCUCGAACACGCUCCGCAACCUCCAGCUCCCGCCAGGUUUGAGGGGGCGACUGCAGCAGCAGGUUGUCACGUCUAGGAGAGUGGUCAGCGGCGCGGAGGGCAAGGAGAAGAUGGGCCCGCCGCCGAACAUCCCAGAGAAGCCGAACAUGCUCCGCAAGAGCCGUAGCACUAAUACGCUGAGGCUGCCGAAGCGCGAGGAGGGUGUGAAGCCUGGCUAUUGCGAGAGCUGUCGCGUGAAGUUUGAGGAUUUUAAGUCGCACAUCAAUGGGCGCAGGCACCGCAAGUUCGCGACGGACGACUCGAACUUCCAGGCGCUAGACAUGGUCCUCUCGCGUGUGCGCCGCCGUCCGGUGGCGGAGGUCGAGGAGGAGAAGCGCGAGUGGGCGAUCCGGUAUACUGGCGGACAUGCCGACUUCGAGGGUGCGGACGAGGACGCGACGAUGCUGCCGACUGUGGCGGCAGCGAGCGAUGACGACUUGAGGUGGGACGACUGGGUCGAGGAAUAUUAGGCGUUAUUAAGGAUGCGUCCUCUAUCUCCCAUUUUCCUUCCCCUUUAAAGUAUUGAAGACAUCUCUCGAAGAGGCCCUUCAUUGUACUCGAUGACAUCACGGACCCAUCACGCAGUUUUCUCCCCAAUGAUUCCCUUGCAUAGUAUGAUACACCCAUGCAUACAGUGAUUGUAACUUGGUUCCAUUGUACAACACCUCGCAUCCUGCAAUUUGACUAUUCGUGUCCGUAACCCUCCA